AUGCAGAAAUAUGAGUUGGUUCGGUAAAUAAGUGAAUUGAUAGAGCUUCUGAUUCGAGAUUAUUCUUGAAGAUUGAAACAAACACAAGUAAAACUUGAAAAUAUAUCAUUUUGUACUGGAAUUAUGAGGGGUGUUAUUGCGCUUGCUUUGUUAUGCGUUUUGACUAUUGCUAUACGUGCCGAAUCAUAUGUUGCCUCUGGUAGUGGUGACGACGCUGGUUCAAGUACGACGAAUUCAACGCAACCUUUGACAGAUUCUACUAACGAUAACGGUUCUGGUUCGGACGAUGAGGACUUUGGCAGUAGUGGUGAUGAUAGUAGUAAAACACAAACGACUGUGAAAUCAACAACUGUACUCCAGACAACAACCGAUGACAUAACAACAGUAUUAACUACAAAGGAAGCGAGCACGACGCCAUCAGACGACGAAGUCGAUUUCAGUGGAUCUGGUUCAACUGCAUCUACUGUGUAUGCUACAAACGAACCUUCUUCUACAGCAUCUGAUAUUUACAUAACAGAGUUGACAACUACUGAUACGUUGAUUAUAGCUGCGACUACUGACAAAGAGAGCCAAACGACGACCCAAAAUUCCUUGGAAGAGACGACCACUGAACAAUCUACCGUUGAAACUUCGACCACUAACACAAUGGAGAGGAUGUCAACAGAACAGCGCACGCCGAGAACAGAUUCAGACGGAAUGAAAAGCACUCAAAAGAUCGCCACUUCUACUUCAAGGCCACAGGCGGAUACGAAGAAAAUGCCAACAAGUGAUAAGAAUUACACGACAAAAAAUACUGAUGAUAAGAAUAAAGAUACUGACAAUGAUGUUGAAGUAGCUAAAAAGAAAUCUACUACCAGUAAAACUACAGUAUAUCCAACGACAAAAUUCUUACUGGCGUUGAAAGGUAGCAAGAAAGGUCGCAAAGAAGCAGCUGGAUUUACGCUCACAAUUGAAGCUAUUUGUGGUGUAGUUGGUUGUGCUGUACUGGCUUUACUUUUGAUAGCAUUUUUGAUGUAUCGACUUAAGAAGAAGGACGAAGGUAGCUAUUUGCUCGAAGAGUCUGACAUAGAAGAUUAUAAGAAGAAGCAUGCGUCUGACAAAGAAGCUUUCAUAUAAAUUUAUCCAGUUCGGUUGCGUUGUGAACAUGUUUUAGAGAAGAAUAUUUUAUAUGGAAAACAAACCGGAGAAAAUCGAUCAUUUGGCAUUCUGGCCUCAUAUAAAGUUAACUUAACAAAUAUUUUAUAUAAAGACAUUCUGCUUCGACCUUACCAAAGUGGUAUAUUAUAUUCUUCAUAGUUCAUUCUUUAAUAUCAGUUAUUCAAAAGUCCGAAUUUUCUAAAGUGACAAUGCUUGCAACGGAUGCUUGCUUGCGUUCAUUUACUUGCUUCAAGAACUUGACAAUUAAUACCGAUUUGAUUUUCCCUACGUAUUGUGUUUCGUUGUUAACGACAUGUCAAAGUAUUGUGGUUCGUUUGUUUCGGUUUUUGUAUACAUAGAUUUUGAUAUAACUCGAAUAAUUAACUUCUUUAUUCUACAUGAUA